AUAGAUAACAUCAGCAAUGAUCCGCACAAAGUGAUCUGCAGUAGAUAACAUACAACAAUAGGCGGACGUAUAUAAUUUAUUUUAAAUGCAUGUUACUGGUAGGUAGUUUUAAAUAAAAACUGUUAGUCUCCUUGUUAGCAAGCUCAUUCAUGUUAUAACAUCGAAUGGUUUAACUCGUCUGUAAUAAAACCAACCACAAUAGAACUUUCAUUUAUGAACAAAAUGAGUAUAAUACCAAGAAUCAGUUACGAGGAAGAAUUGCGAAAAAAUCCUGAAUUAAAAGAAUCGGAUAUAGAAAUAUUGAAAGAAUGGUGCAAGAAGCAACCUCAUUUACCAAAAAUCACCGAUAGUGAAUUGACAUUAUUUUUACAUAGCAAUUAUUAUCGAUUGGAGCCGACUAAAACUACGAUAGAUGCCUUCUAUACCGUACGAACUCACGUUCCUGAAUUCUUUUCUAAUAGAGAUCCGCUUGGAUCAAAAUCACUUCGACAAAUAAUGAAAGUUGUUGCAGACAUGCCAUUGGAGAUGACAACGAAAGAGGGUCAUAAAAUAGUUUUCGCUAAAUUACUCGAUACCGAUCCUUCACAUUAUGUUUAUAAUGACGCUAUAAAAUAUUUCAGCAUGGUUAUAGAUUAUUGGUUCUAUACUGAAGGUACAGGAAUAGGUCAUGUAAUUCUUAUCGAUAUGGAAAGUGUAAGUUUUGGUCAUGCAGGAAGAUUGAGUCCUAUGGGAUUAAAAAAGUUCCUUUAUUAUUUACAAGAAGCUUUACCUGUUCGUCUGAAAGGUUUACAUUUUAUGAACACGACAGCAGUGAUGGAUAUCAUUCUAAAUAUGAUGAAGCCUUUCAUGAAAAAAGAAUUGAUGGAUGUGUUGCAUGUGCACACCACAUUGGAAAGUGUCGCUAAGUUCAUCCCAUUAGAAGCAUUACCGACUGAUGUAGGCGGCAAAGCAGGUUUUACUAAGGAUUUACACGAAAAAUAUAUAAAAAAGAUCGAAAAUCAUCGAUCUUGGUUUCUGGAGGAUGAAAUUAGUGGUCGAGUAAAUGAAGCCUUGCGACCUGGUAAAAGUAAAAAUGUCACGGAUCUCUUUGGAGUUGAAGGUAGCUUCAAGAAACUUGAAAUAGAUUUGAAAGUAAAAACAAUGUUACCUACGAAUACAUAUUCUUUAAAAGAAGAAUUUAAUAAAAAUCCUAAUCUCAAAGAAUCAGAUUUACAAAUCAUUCGUGAAUGGCUCGAUAAACAGCCACAUUUACCAAAAAUAGAAGAUAUUUAUCUGAUAUUAUUCCUUAAUAGUAAUUAUUAUCAGUUAGAACCAACUAAAACCACGAUCGAAAACUUUUAUACUAUCAGAACUCACGUGCCUGAAUUUUUUAGCAAUAGAGACCCAUUCUUGAAAGAUAUUCGUACACAAUUCAGUGUCACAUCUCACAUCCCAUUAAAGAAAAUGACCAAUGAAGGAUAUCAAAUAAUAUUUGGAAAUAUAAUGGAUCCUGAACCAUCUCAUUAUAUCUUCUGUGAAAGCGUAAAAUAUUUUUUCAUGGUAGCAGAAUUGGCUUAUAUAAAGAUAGGACCAACUAACGGACUAGUUUAUAUUGGCGAUGUACAGAACUUAUCGCUUGGUCACAUAGGACGUAUGAAUCUUAUGGGAUUAAAAAAAUUUCUAUACUUCAUACAAGAGGCAGCACCCAUUCGUUUGAAGCAAAUACAUAUAAUAAAUUCUACACCGGCAAUGGAAGUUUUGCUAAAUAUGUGUAAGCCUUUUAUGAAAAAAGAUUUGGAAAAAUUUUUACCCGUUGAUGCACUUCCCAACGAGGUAGGUGGCAAAGGUGGUAACUUGAAAGAUCUCGUUAACGAACAAACGAAAUUGCUUGAUGAAAAUCGCGAGUGGUUUUUGGAAGAUGAAAUAACGAAACGAGUGAAUGAAUCAUUACGAGUUGGAAAGUCUAAAUUAAGCAAUGACAUUUUCGGCAAUAUGACGCUACAAGGUGGAAUCUCAUUUGAGGAGGAAUUAAAGAAAAAUCCGGAAUUGAAGGAAGACGAUGUACGAGCGUUGAAAGAGUGGUGUCAAAAACAACCCCAUUUACCAAAAAUAUCUGACAGCGAGAUAGCUCUUUUUCUACACAGUAAUUAUUAUCGUAUGGAACCAACGAAAAAUACCAUCGACACUUAUUACACAAUACGAACUCACGUGCCAGAGUUCUUUUCUAAUAGAGAUCCUAUCAGUUCUAAGGACCUUCGUAAAGCGUUUCAAACGGUAUCGAAUCUGGUCUUGGAUAAGACUACCAAUGAUGGUUACAAAAUCAUUUAUGGUAGAUUGAUAGACAUCGAACCGUCGCAUUAUGUUUAUAACGAUGGUAUGAAGUACCUUAACAUGGUAAUUGAUCUCUGGCUUCACGAAGAGGGUACAUCCAAAGGUCAUGUGAUCCUAUUUGAUACAAAGAAUGUUGCGUUCGGUCAUGUAGGUCGUUUAAAUCCUAUGGGAUUAAAGAAAUUCCUUUACUAUUUGCAAGAAGCUUUACCCGUACGUCUUAAAGGUUUCCAUUUUAUGAACACCUCGCCGGUUAUGGAUGUUAUUCUUAACAUGAUGAAGCCUUUCAUGAAAAAAGAAUUGAUGGACAUGUUUCACAUGCAUUCAACCAUGGAAACUUUAGCUAAGUUUAUACCCUUGGAAAUACUUCCAAACGAAUCGGGUGGCCAAGCAGGCCCUUUGAAAGACUUGAAUGAUGCUCAAAUUAAAAAAUUAGAUGACAAUCGUGCUUGGUUUCAAGAAGAGGAAAGAAUUUGUCGCGUUAACGAAUCUCUACGUCCUGGCAAAGGAAAAACAGCAACUGAUUUAUUUGGUGUCGAGGGAAGCUUCAAAAAGCUCGAAAUCGAUUGAACAAUAAUUUUCAUUAACCAUUCAUACGUUUUAACAAAUGUAAUUUGAGAAAGAGAAAGAAAAAUAAAUAAAUUUUGUUAUUAG